AUGUCAUCCAGAAAGGGCAAUCUUCUUCCACCGUCAAAUUAUACCACAAAGAUGUCAUGCUCCGAUAGUCCAUCUGGAAAUUCGUUUCUGGUAGACUCUUUGAUCCAUGGAAGAGCCGAGGGAAGUGGGCACUACUACCAGAACAGCGUCUACUUGCAGCCGACCUCCGAGUAUUCGUAUGGACUACCUAACUGUGGCUAUUUUUCCGGACUUAAACGGAGCGAGGGCAAUUCGCAAAAUGUAGUACCAACAUGUGGCCCAUAUCAAGGCAUGGAAGCAUGGCUUGAAACGUCGAGGUCUUGUCGCAUUGAACAGCCUACCAACCAAGUCACCCCACGCUCGUUCUCGCCCACCAUAAAGGAGGAGAACUCUUACUGCUUAUACGAGUCUGAAAAAUGUCCAAAAGAAACAAUCACAGAGGAUAUAUCGUACUCGCGGCUGACAUCAAACUCCUGUCCAUCUAGCAACAAUAACGGCUGUGUUCCGGUGCCUGGUUACUUCCGCCUAUCUCAGACAUGCAGCACAUCUAAAGGUUUUCCAGACGACCAGUCUAUUUCGACUCACGUUGCGACUCGAUUUGACAGCUCUCUUUCAGCCAUUACAGCCGAAACGAGCAGGGAAGAGAGCGACGAGCCGUCUGCAUGCGCCCCGAAAAGAAACAAGGAGCUAAGGGGGUCCACCGGCACCGCUUCGUCUCCCGAACCACCGGACAGUCCAGAAAAGGCGGCGAAUGUAACUAAAGCAGGAGAUUCCAAGAAUGAGAAAACAGCAAACUGGUUGACGGCGAAGAGUGGCCGCAAGAAGCGUUGUCCAUACACCAAGCAUCAGACUCUAGAGCUGGAGAAAGAGUUCCUCUUCAACAUGUACUUGACACGAGAGCGUCGCCUGGAGAUCAGCCGCAGCGUUCACCUCACGGACAGACAAGUGAAAAUAUGGUUUCAGAACCGUCGGAUGAAGCUAAAGAAGAUGAGCCGAGAAAACCGAAUCCGCGAGCUGUCGGCCAACUACAGUUUUUCAUGAAGCCCCCUCGCUCGGUUAUAGUGCUCUGGCGCCCUCCUCUAUCAGCUGCAAUGGUUGCCUACUUACAACAAUGCGUCUUUGUGUGCGUGCAUAUAUGACUCGUGCAAGAUACUAUUGAUAACUUAUUGUGUGUCGUAUACUGUUGACAUUUUUAUCUGUUAUGUAUAAUUUUAUUUGACACCCCUGCCGUCAUAACAUGUCAUGGUUAUUUAUAAACUGUCAAGGGUACUUCAUGUAAAAGGUAGCGAGGAAAAUAUCAAAUGCUGAAGGUGAUUAUAUUGGCACUCAUUGUAAAUAGCAUUCAGGCAAUAUUGUACAUUUAUUGUAUAUGCGAUAUUUGCAUGUUGUAAUAUGAACUAUAAUGGAACCAUUUUUAAAAUAAUACUAAGAAUACUUUUCGUCUUAAGUACGACCUUGUCAUGUAUUUGCUGUUCUAGGCAUAAGUGCGGUUCUUAGAAAGUAGAAACAAACACGAUGAGGCGUCCUGUUUUGUUUUAAUAGUAUUUGAAAAUUUAACAUUUUUCUGGGGACACAGGCCGAAACGCUUCAGAUUGUAAACUGAUAAUUCAUGGCAGAUUCAAAUAAACGCAUGUAAAGGGUUAAUACAGCCUACUUUUAAACAAAGUACUGUUGUUCUUUAUAACGGAGAGUUUGUGUCGACUCGAUAGGGAUUGUAAUUUCUAAAAUUAAACAAUUUAUGUUAUUCCUUUAAAGUCUACACUCAGUUUUGGUCCAAAUGCAGUCACUCUAAAAUCAUUAUGGGAAUCAAUCAUAUAAUAAUAAUAAUAAUAAUACAGUUCUAGUAGACAUCUGAAUUUAAUU